AUGCCUAUGUUUGUAGUGAACCCCAAUGCCUCUGAAAGUGCAGUGACUGACACUCUCUUUGAAGAGUUAACAAAGGAGAUGGCCAAGGCUAUGGGCAAACCUGCACAGUUAAGGUGGUAUAUUGCAAGUCACGUUAAUACUGACCAGCGCAUGUGGUUUGGGGGUACAUCGGAUCUCUGUGCACUCUGCAGUUUGUGCAGCAUUGGCAACAUUGGGGGUACAAAAAACAAGACUUACUCCAAGCUGCUUUCAGAGCUGCUGAACAAACACUUUGGGAUAUCUGCAGACAGGAUCUACAUCAACUUCAUGGAUAUGACUGGAGUAAAUGUUGGCUGGAAUGGUUCCACAUUCUAA